AGACAGACGUAAAUAUCAAUUUGUGGAUUGGGUGACAAGACACUCACAAAGAGUGUAACUCGAUGACCUUGAAUUCAAUGACUACUCCAUCUAUUUUCCUCUGAGAAACCAAAUGUCUUUCCUCUUCAUUCAGAAGACACAGCAAACCUCAAGAACCCUCUCUACACUCUCAUUCCUCUCCAACCCCUUCCCUCUUCCACCCCCAUCUGUUUUCCAACAACCUCAACUCUCCUACCACUUAUUCCCCACCCAACAAACCCCUCGCCACGAAGUUGAUCCCUUUCCUGCUUCAACACCAUCCAGUCCCAAUUACGCUUCACUACUCCAGUCCUGUGUUGCUGCCAAGGCUUUAAGGCCUGGGAAACAGAUCCAUGCUCAGCUCUGCCAUCUGGGUAUUGCUCAAAAUGAAAAUUUGGCCACUAAACUGGUCCAUGUUUACAGUGUUUGUAACUCCCUGCGAGAUGCCCACCACCUGUUUGAUAAAAUUUCCAAAAGGAAUUUGUUUCUUUGGAAUGUCUUGAUUCGGGGUUAUGCGUGGAAUGGGCCACAUGAAGCUGCCAUUUCACUCUACCACCAGAUGUUUGACUAUGGGCUCAAGCCUGAUAAUUUCACCUUACCAUUUGUUCUCAAAGCGUGCUCUGCGCUUUCGGCAAUUGGAGAGGGAAGGGGUAUCCAUGAGUAUGUGAGGCGAAGCGGGUGGGAGAGUGAUGUGUUUGUAGGUGCAGCGCUUGUUGACAUGUAUGCGAAGUGCGGUUGUGUCGUGGAUGCUCGUCAUGUGUUUAAUAAAAUUGCUGAGAGAGAUGCUGUGUUGUGGAAUUCAAUGCUUGCAGCUUAUGCUCAAAAUGGACACCCUGAUGAAGCACUUUCUCUAGGCCGUGAGAUGGCGGCGACUGGUGUAAGACCUACCGAGGCAACUCUUGUGACUGUGGUUUCAUCGUCAGCUGACAUUGCCUGUCUCCCUCAUGGGAAGGAAAUCCAUGGAGUUGGUUGGAGACAUGGAUUUGAAUCCAAUGACAAGGUCAGAACUGCUUUGCUAGAUAUGUAUGCAAAAUGUGGUCAUGUGAGAGUUGCCCGUAUUUUGUUUGAGCGGCUUAGGGAGAAAAGAGUUGUAUCUUGGAAUGCAAUUAUCACUGGUUAUGCAAUGCACGGGCUUGCUGCUGAAGCUCUUGAUUUGUUUGAGAAAAUGAGGAAAGAGGCUCAGCCAGAUCAUGUAACCUUUGUUGGUGUUCUAGCAGCUUGCAGCCGAGGGCGUUUGUUGGAAGAAGGACGAGCAUUCUAUAACAUGAUGGUGAGGGAUUACUGUAUAAAUCCAACUGCUCAGCACUAUACGUGCAUGGUUGAUCUCCUCGGUCAUUGUUGUCAACUCGAUGAGGCAUAUGAUCUAAUAAGAAAUAUGGGCGUGAAGCCAGAUUCUGGGGUAUGGGGUGCUCUGCUGAAUUCAUGCAAAACCCAUGGGAACUUAGAGUUGGCUGAGCUAGCUUUAGAGAAACUAAGUGAGCUAGAACCUGAUAAUUCUGGCAACUAUGUGAUUUUGGCUAACAUGUAUGCUCAAUCAGGUAAGUGGGAAGGAGUGGCAAGGCUGAGGCAGUUAAUGAAUGAUAAAGGAAUAAAGAAGAACAUUGCUUGUAGCUGGAUUGAAGUAAAGAACAAAGUCCAUGCAUUUCUUACUGGAGAUGUUUCACACCCGAAUUCGAAUUCAAUAUAUGCAGAGUUGAAGAGGUUAGAAGGACUAAUGCAUGAAGCUGGAUAUACCCCAGAUACAGGAUCCGUUUUCCAUGAUGUGGAGGAAGAUGAGAAGACAGAUAUGGUGUGCAGUCACAGUGAAAGACUAGCUAUUGCAUAUGGAUUGAUAAAUACAUUGCCAGGAACUCAACUUUUGAUAACAAAGAACCUCCGAAUUUGUGAGGACUGCCAUGUUGCUAUCAAGUUCAUCUCCAAAAUUACCGAGAGGGAAAUUACUGUUAGAGACGUGAAUCGCUAUCAUCAUUUCAAACAUGGAACGUGUUCAUGUGGCGAUUGCUGGUGAAUAAGGUGCAAUCCAGAUGGAAAAAGUGUCUAUGACAUUGGAGUUUUGUCCGAAAAUAAUUUGAGUUAAUUCAAACAUAAAACACAAGUUUAUAAUCAUACCCCAAUUCUCUUUUACAAGCUAAUAUAAAUGCCUCAGUUUUGAAAAAGUCAGCGUUACAUUGAUAAUCAUUAGCUUAUUCUUCCAAACAUUAUCUAUCAGUAAAUAUUUUUAAGAACACAUUAAUCAGUAAUUUCUUUUAAUUAUCUAAAAAGAGCUUACUUUUGGCCCAAGAAUCAAGGUUCAAGGGGAAAAAAGGUAUAUUCAGGAGAAAUUUGUUUUGGAUUGCAUUUUAUUGUAUCUUCUCUAUUUUAGGCCUAUGG